CCCGCCUCUUCCGGUGCGUGCGUGAACAUGGCGCAGGGGCAGCGCAAGUUCCAGGCGCACAAGCCGGCGAAGAGCAAGACUGCAGCGGCGGCCUCUGAGCGGAACCGAGGCCCGAAGAAAGGCGGUCGUGUUAUCGCUCCCAAGAAGGCGCGCAUCGUGCAGCAGCAAAAGCUCAAGAAGAACCUGGAAGUUGGGAUCCGGAAGAAGAUCGAACAUGACGUGGUGAUGAAAGCCAGCACCAGCCUGCCCAGGAAGCUGGCCCUGCUGAAGUCCCCAGCCAAAAAGAAGGGGGCAGCUGCCUCCUCCUCCUCCUCCAAUAAGACGACUUCCUAAGGACACGAGCCCCAGCAGAGGUCAACACUGCAGCCCCCACCUCCACGCUCGGACCUUGCGCAUGACCCCAUGGCUGCACCAUGGGGAAGAGGACCCUGUCUCCCAGCACUAGGCUACACCUAGAACUUUGGUGGGGGCCCGACCCGUGAGCCAGUGAUGUGCAGAUCCAGGGUGCCCAAGAACCCAGUGAUGGCCAGGAUCAUAUGGUCACCAACUUCCUAGGUCCCCUUGCUCUGGUCCUGUCUCCACUGGUUUAACCCAGAGCAAUAAACCUGGUU